AUGGGACACAAUCUUCGCUCCAUCAAAGGGAAUCCAAGUAAAGCCGAAGGGAGAGAAAGUUGCCCUGUACGCCUGGGCCUGGGCCUGGCAGACUUCCCAAAGGACAGCCUGUACAAUGGCUCUCAGUAUUACCACAGGGUGUUCCUCCAACACAGAGCUGGUUCAGAAGCAGAGAUUUAGCUCAGUUAUUUUCUGUGGUGGAGCUGGAGGGAGUUGUGAUUGUGUGUGUUUUGGUAAUACUCUUCAGGCAGAUGGGGGUACUCCUAGGUUUUGGGGUACUCGGCUAGAGGAACCUCGUCAUUCGGUUUAGAAGUGGAACCAUGAGAUGUGUGUAGCCUACUUCUGCUGUUUAAUUUGCUGAAAGAGUAGCUGCAUUCAUCAGAGUAUAAGAAUUGUAUUCAUGUAGUGUAUUAACAGUAGGCCUAAUAUGGCAGUGAUUGAUGUGAGUUAUUCAGAGCUAAUGAAUGGGCCUCAGCCGGAUCAUGUUACAGACAGCCGUUGGACUUGUAAACUCUAGCUGACUGGUACAUUUGUGUGUGUGUGCGUGUGUGGCUAUCGCUGUGUUUGUGUGUGGCUAUCGCUGUGUGUGUGUGUGUGUGUGUGUGUGUGUGUGUGUGUGUGUGUGUGUGUGUGUGUGUGUGUGUAAAAAGGCAUUCCACUGACUGAGCUCUUUGGCAGCGGUCCUAACAGCUUUGCGUGGGACAGGGCUCUGGGUAGCAUAUUGUGUGAUGAGAAUUGAAGACCUCUAAGUCUACUGGGUCUCACAGGCAGUGCUAUUGGCACUGAGUGGUGUGGCUCUGAUUUGGCUAUGAGCAGUGUGUCUUUUGUGUGUUUUAUACAUAAAGAUGAUCCUUUAGUGGUUAGCCUAUUACUAGAUUAUCCACAUCACACACUGAUGUGUUGUUUUGAGCUGUGCAUGUUCAAAUCUGCAUUGCACGCACACUAUAAGUGUGUUCAAAUCUGCAGUGCUCUCAAAGACACAAUCUGAGUUUCUGUUCUGCAGUCUCAUUGCCUGUAUUUAGCCCUCUCCUGAGCGUGAGCGAUGCGUCUCAGUCCCUCUGCAUUGAGAUCCCUGUGAGCUGAGUAGCCUCUACUGCAGUGUGGAAUGGAACACUAACUAGGGUUGGGCGAUUUUACGAUUGCAUCAUCUAUCGACGAUGUUUGACAGCCAUCGUCGAUGGUGACAACACCGUGAUGUCAGAAAUGAUUGUUUAGCAUAUUUGAACUUUACUGUACCGCUGGAGUCUGGCACUGAUCACACAGCAGGGCGACAUGCCAAAUGGCCUUUUCCCUAACUGCCAUAGCCUAAAUGUUUUUUAUUUAUCUAACCUUUAUUUUAUCACGGAGUCAUACUGAGACCAAGGUCUCUUUUACAGAUGAGCCCUGAAUUACAGAAAUUACAGAAAAUGCACACAUCCAAAUAUAAAUACAAAAUGCAAGGAGAAAGGAAAAACACGGUCCUAAAAAACAAACACAUUCAUCAGUAAUAAGGUCCUCAAUCAGCUUUCUGAAUUGGCCGUACAGUCGUGGUCAAAACUUUUGAGAAUGACACAAAUGUUAAUUUUCACAAAGCCUGCUGCCUCAUUUUUUAUGAUGGCAAUUUGCAUAUACUCCAGAAUGUUAUGAAGAGUGAUCAGAUGAAUUGUAAUUAAUUGCAAAGUCCCUCUUUGCCAUGAAAAAUAACUUAAUAAUAACUUAAUCCCCAAAAAACAUUUCCACUGCAUUUCAGCCCUGCCACAAAAGGACCAGCUGACAUGUCAGUGAUUCUCUUGUUAACACAGGUGAGAGUGUUGACGAGGAAAUGCUGGAGAUCACUCUGUCAUGCUGAUUGAGUUAGAAUAACAGACUGGAAGCUUUAAAAGGAGGGUGGUGCUUGAAAUCAUUGUUCUUAUAAUAUAAUAUAAAAUGCCAUUUAGCAGACGCUUUUAUCCAAAGCGACUUACAGUCAUGCGUGCAUACAUUUUUUGUGUAUGGGUGGUCCCGGGGAUCGAACCCACUACCUUGGCGUUACAAGCGCCAUGCUCUACCAACUGAGCUACAGGGGACCACGUUAACCAUGGUUACCUGCAAGGAAACACGUGCCGUCAUCAUUGCUUUGUACAAAAAGGGCUUCACAGGCAAGGAUUUUGCUGCUAGUAAGAUUGCACCUAAAUCAACCAUUUAUCGGAUCAUCAAGAACUUAAAGGAGAGAGGUUCAAUUGUUGUGAAGAAGGCUUCAGGGUGCCCAAGAAAGUCCAGCAAGUGCCAGUACCGUCUCCUAAAGUUAAUUCAGCUGCGGGAUCGGGGCACCACCAGUGCAGAGCUUGCUCAGGAAUGGCAGCAGGCAGGUGUGAGUGCAUCUGCACGCACAGUGAGGCAAAGACUUUUGGAGGAUGGCCUGGUGUCAAGAAGGGCAGCGAGGAAGCCACUUCUCUCCAGGAAAAACAUCAGGGACAGACUGAUAUUCUGCAAAAGGUACAGGGAUUGGACUGCUGAGGACUGGGGUAAAGUCAUUUUCUCUGAUGAAUCCCCUUUCCGAUUGUUUGGGGCAUCCGGAAAAAAGAUUGUCCGGAGAAGACAAGGUGAGCACUACCAUCAGUCCUGUGUCAUGCCAACAGUAAAGCAUCCUGAGACCAUUCAUGUGUGGGGUUGCUUCUCAGCCAAGGGAGUGGGCUCACUCACAAUUUUGCCUAAGAACACAGCCAUGAAUAAAGAAUGGUACCAACACAUCCUCCGAGAGCAACUUCUCCCAACCAUCCAAGAACAGUUUGGUGACGAACAAUACCUUUUCCAGCAUGUUGGAGCACCUUGCCAUAAGGCAAAAGUGAUAACUAAGUGGCUCGGGGAACAAAACAUCGACAUUUUGGUCCAUGGCCAGGAAACUCCCCAGACCUUAAUCCCAUUGAGAACUUGUGGUCGAUCCUCAAGAGGCGGAUGGACAAACAAAAACCCACAAAUUCUGACAAACUCCAAGCAUUGAUUAUGCAAGAAUGGGCUGCCAUCAGUCAGGAUGUGGCCCAGAAGUUAAUUGACAGCAUGCCAGGGCGGAUUGCAGAGGUCAUGAAAAAGAAGGGUCAACACUGCAAAUAUUGACUCUUUGCAUAAACUUAAUGUAAUUGUCAAUAAAAGCCUUUGACACUUAUGGAAUGCUUGUAAUUAUACUUCAUAGUAACAUCUGACAAAAAUAUCUAAAAACACUGAAGCAGCAAACUUUGUGAAGACCAAUACUUGUGUCAUUCUCAAAACUUUUGACCACGACUGUAGAGGCACCAAAACAUCAAAUUUAGGAACAUUUUGAAGAUUGUUCCAAAAAUAAGGUGCAAGAAAACUAAAAGCUGAUUUACCAAACUCAGUAGAGAUCAAAGGAAUUUCCAGAGAUAGCCAUCCCUGAGACCGGGUUUGGUAACUUGUAUGUCUAAAGUACAGUAAUGAUGUUAGGUACAGUGGGACUUUUUGUAGACGAUACAAUAGUAUAUCAACAAUGUUUGGAUGGGACGAUGUGUCAUUCCAGACAUCACUCAACCCUAAUGCUAACUCCACACAGGUGUCUGUCAGCACAGCAGUCACUACGACCACAGACCGCGUCCGAUCCCAUCCUGUUCUGUCUCCUCAAAGCAGUCUGAGGGGCCCUCUAUAACCCUUCUCUCUACCCCUCUCUCUCCUCUCUCAACCCUUCUCUCCUAUUUCCCCCUCUUGUUCCCAUUCUCCUCUCUCUCCCCUCUGUCACCCCUUUCUCUCUCUCCCUUUCUUCCCCUUUCGCCCCUCUCGCGCCCCUCUGGCUAUAAAAAGACCAGAGCAGGUGUGUAUGUGUGUGUGAUGUCACCUCACACUUAUAGAAUGUUGGCUGAUGGUUUUGCUGGAGAGCAGUUUUUACUGUGGUGAUUAACAGCCGGCCUGGCGGUUGGAAGGUGUUGGUGUGUGUGUUGCUGUCGACUGACCGAACAACCGAGUGUAGCUCUGGCUGGUGCUUGCUCAUUCAGACACUGUACAGUGUACUGUAUAGACUACCAUGUUGUGUCUGAACAUAGCUUUCUAACUGAGAGGAUAAAGAAGUAUUACAAUUAGUUGUUUAUUUAACCCCGUUCUCUCUCCUCUCAACAGGCUCGGAUUAUUUAGCAUAGUUGUCAUUCUUGCACAUAUCCACAGCAAGGCUCUUAGUCUUACAAGGACUGUCCAGGUUCAUUGCAAUGUGCUCUUAGUCUUACUGCCCUCCUGCUUUCUCUUUUUCACACACACACACACACACCUGUCCCAGUCAUCAGAAGCUGCAAAAAAUAUGUCUCUGCAAAAACAAAUGAAUGACUGCUAGCUAGCUAAGUUUUACCUUGCUGGACCUGCAUUUACAAUGUAUCCAAUUUCAGUUUGUGUGGUUGUUGUUUAGCUUUCUGUAACUUUGUAGCAAGUAUGUUCUGCAUGGUGCAGUGCUUUAGAACGGUAAAAAGGCGCCUAUUGUUGGAACUACUUCAGAGGUUUCCUAUAUCUUUCCAACUGUCCCGUACAUUGUGUCACGUCAGAUGUUGUCACUCCUGCGCACAGCUCGUCCCUCAAACUAUCUGUAUUGUAGGACUUGGAAUUAAUAAAAAAAUAGAUUUUUCUCAUCCGCCUAACACUAGUUCUUAAUUUUCAAAAUCACUCCGCUCUUGCCCUUAGUAGCUAUGACGCACUGGCGGCAAACCAAGCUCGAUCAGCUGAGCAAGCUUGUUUGAAUGGCCAUACGGUAGCUAGUUUGCCAGGUUGUUGAUGAAGUUGUAUGGCACCAAAGUUAUGAGACUGUUCUCAGAAAAUGGCAUGUAUUUGACUCUGACAGAAGCUGGCACUGUGCCUCGCUACUUUGUAACAGUUGGCUAACGAGAUAACCUUUGUGCAUUAGCUACAACUUCUGCGCUAGCUAGAGGGAUAUUCAGCAUUGAGUGUGUGAACUGGCGUUGUUAGCAUCCCUCCCUUUUUCGUUUCAUAUGGAUUGAUUUGAGACUGUUUCAGCCAGCAAGCAGAUACUACCAGAUUUUCCUGCACAUUUCAAAUUUCAUAAAUACUGAUUAUACCACCACAAACACCUUAGCUAGAUGUAGAAUUAGGUAGUGAAGACAUGCUCAUGAAGAAAAACGUAAAUAUUAGCUACAGGUUUAUCGUUUUUGGUAAGAUUAACUCCUACUCUUUUGAGGAUGAAAGGGGGUUCAGUGGGUGACGUCAUCUUGGUAACAUUUAUCAAAUGUUAGGACUAGGGAUGUAACAUUUGUCUUAACGGUUAAAGUGCCAUUAAAACAAAUAUCAUAAAUAAAUGAAAAUAUGUAAAAUGACGAGCUCACAAUUCAGAUGUGGUUCUGAGUAUGACCGUUAGGGGGCAAUGCAGUUCAAUCUGCCGCAGUCCUGGCUACUACCUACCGGUAGUCACCAGUUACAACAACCACAAAGUCAUAACGCCUGCGUAUUUCUACAAUAUAUCUUCUUAAAAUUUGAUUUUAAACCUAACCCUAACAUUAACCACACUGCUAACCUUAUGCCUAACCCUAACCUUAAAUUAAGGCCAAAAAUAUACAUUUGUUUUCAUACAUUUUUACAAUAUAGCCCCCCCAAAAUUAUAUAUUGACUUUGUGGCUGUCGUAUCUAGUGGAAACCCCUACCAGACGGCACACACCUUCCAUUCCGCAACAAUGGGAUUAAUGCCGUUUUAGUUUCUCUGUUGUGUGCCUGUCCUCCAUGUUCUCAGUUGUCAGUACGUACUUCGUCCCACUUCUCAUCAAUGUGAUUGCUCGUUGCAGUGAUGUAUGACAGCGUAUUCAUAGACGUCUAACAAGGCUUGUUUCUAGAUAUGCCAUUAGGGUAUUAAAGCCGACAUUCUCACAUUGGCUGCAUAUCAAGUGCAUUACUGCAAUCGUUUCAGUAAUCAGCGCUGUGAUUUUCUACGGGUUAUCAUCCCUUUCAGCAUCGCACCUGUACUGCCAAUGUAGCUCAAUUCCACCUAGCAAAGUUUGCAUUUCAUCACCUUCUCAUGUAACUUCUCAAAGUAGGCUGUUUCCAUACAGGGCUUCGCUGCUGUAUCACUCUGCCAUUUUUCUAACUGCUAACGAUGAUGACGUGCAGAGCGCUUUCGAUCCGUGGCAAAUCUUUUGAAAGAUGCAUAUCUCCUACUAAUGUUACAGCAUUUAUUUAUAUUUUUCCCUUUAUGAUGAUCGGGGCCUGUUAGUGGUAGUUUUGUGAUAACUGCACUGUGAUUUUAGGUUUUUCGGUUAGGGAUUUUUUCUAAACGUUAACGAUCCCACUGUCGUUUAAACAUUCACACCCCUAGUUAGGGCAGCAUAUUGUAGCAGUAUGAAGACGGUACAGUAUGAAAAUAGGCAGACACUGCUUCUUCAAUAGAAAUCCCCUAUAACACUUGUAGACGAUGCAAUGGCGACGUUGGCUAGUGUAAACGCCGUCACGCUGCUUGCUUAGCAAGUACCACUUCCUCCUAUUUUGGCCCAUACCUGGCACAAACUCGGGUCUUCUGCCUCACAAACACACGUGACCGCACUCAAGCGUCUUAGCUGAUCCGGCCACCUCAAAAGCUAGAUAAUGAGGCGACGCAAGCGGGACACUUAAGGCUAAGGAGUACGUGUCACAAAUCCCCAUGUGCUACACUAGCUAAGCUCAUGUGCAGAAGCACUUCAUCGGGUCUAAAGGUUUAGAAACUGGCCAAACUUAUUUUUAGCAAUCUCAUGAGUGUUUGCAAGUAAUCAGACAGAUCAGCAUGACGGCCGUCUGAAUUUGAAUUUGUGAAUUUGAAAGUGAAUUUGAAUCACUGUCUGAUGUGAGACAAUGCUGUCCUGUAUAUCUACAGUAAAUUGUCAAAGUUGCGUCAAUUCAAAUCUGGUAUUAGGAACAAAAGAGGUCAACACGACUUCUAAGAUAUACUAGUUAUUUUAAUUAAUGCAAAAACCUUCAAUGGUAAAUAUGAUGUUUCGUAUAUACGGGCUCUCUGAAAUACCUCGCAGGGCACCCCAGAGAACUAACCCAUUGUUCUGGGUUCUUGCUCAAAUACUCUGACAGAGGGAGUUUCCCACCUCUCUGCUGACCAAUUAGAGUAGAGACUUGAGCGUGGUUUAGACUUACUCAGUCAAUCCGUUGAUGCAUCUCUGUUACCAGGCAUAUGUCCAUAUCAUAACAACCUGUCAUAGUGAGAAGAGCCAGCUCCCUUAGACACCAUUCCUACGUCCAAGGAAGGUUCACAGAUCACAAAGAACCAGUAUAUUCCAGCAUCUGGAGACACAAAUCUCCCUUUACCUCCUAAAACAGCUCUUCACAUCAAUCACAGCUUGCCAGGUGUCACAACCUACAUUAGCCCAGUCAAGAAUGCAUUCUUUCUAAGUUAGUCAUCCCAUCAAUUAUAAACAUAAUAAAUCUCUCACAAAAUAUAAUGACCCCUCUAGAAUGUCCUUCUAGCCAAUCUGAAAUUAGUAUUUAACAACGCUGUGGUAUAAUUAAGCAAUAAUUAAGCUAAGGGCUGUUCUUAAGCAGGACACAACGCAGAGUGCCUGGAAACAGCCCUCAGCUCUCAGAGGUGAUUUAUUGCUAUUAUAAACUGGUUACCAACGAAAUUAGAACAGUAAAAAUAGAUGUUUCAUCAUAACCGUGGUAUAUGGUCUGAUAUACCUUUCAGCCAAUCAGCAUUCAGGGCUCGACCCACCCGGUUUAUAAAUAUCUUUAACCUUUGCCUACACAGUCUCCAUCCUAAUAGGCUGCAUCCACUUCCUUGUGUGCUAUAUCAUUGUUGACCUUGGUUUAACCUUGGUUGGACCGGCUGUCUCUCAUACAGACAGAAACCUCAUAUUUUCUUUAACCACGUUGUCUCGGUCUCAGUCUCUAAGCUGACUGGUUGGAAGAAAAGAGCGCCCACCCUGGAAAUGGUUACCUAGGAAACGACCCUCAGACAGCACCGCUGCCACAGCCGCCGUGCUCUUUGUUGCAUUCGAUUCCUCUCUGUGUGUGUGAUGUACGACUGGCGGCAUAUUGAACUUGCCUGCCACUGCUGUCAAUCAAGUAUAUAUUUCCCUGGGCAGAGAUGUUCCAAGGCUGCAUUAUCAUUAUUUACAGAUACAGACACAACUGCACAUCAGCUGCAUUCAAACAUGAUGCAGGCUUACAACGUCAAUGUCCUCGUUAGAUUUGGACAAUGGAGCUUUUCAAGGGGCUUGUGCGUAUUUGUGUGUGCAGUGCCUUCAGAAAGGAUUCAUACCUCUUGACCUAUUCCACAUUUUGUUGUUACAGUCUGAAUUCAAAAUGGAUAAAAUAUAUUUUUUUUCUCACCCAUCAACACACUUUACCCCACAAUGACAGUGAAAGCAUGUUUUUAGAAAUGUUAGCAAAUGUAUUGAAAAUUAAAUAUCUAAUUUACAUAAGUAUUCACACCGGUGAGUCAAUACUUUGUAGAAGCAUCUUUGGCAAUGAUUACAGCUGUGAGUCUUUCUGGGUAAGUCUCUAAGAGCUCUGCACACCUGGAUUGUGCAAUAUGUACACAUUUACUUUUUUUUAAUUCUUCAAGCUCUGUCAAAUUGGUUGUUGAUCAUUGAUAGACAACCAUUUUCAGGUCUUGCCAUGGAUUUUCAAGUAGAUUUAAGUCAACUAACUCGGCCACUCAGGAACAUUCACGGUUUUCUUGGUAAGCAACUCCAGUGUAGAUUUCGCCUUGUGUUUUAGGUUAUUGUCCUGCUGAAAGGUGAAUUCAUCUCCCAGUGUCUGGUGGAAAGCAGACUGAAACAGGUUUUCCUCUAGUUCCAUUCUGUUUAUUUUUUCUCCUGAAAAACUCCCCAGUCCUUAACGAUUAUAAGCAUACCCAUAACAUGAUGCAGCCACCACUAUGCUUGAAAAUAUGGAGGGUGGUACUCAGGAAUGUGUUGUAUUGGAUUUGCCCCAAACAUAACACUUAGUAUUCAGGACAAAAAGUUAAUUUCCUGCCAUAUUUUUUGCAGUAUUACCUUACUGCCUUGUUGCAAACAGGAUGCAUGUUUUGGAAUAUUUUUAUUCUGUACAGGCUUCCUUCUUUUCACUCUGUUAAUUAGGUUAGUAUUGUGGAGUAACAACAAUGUUGUUGAUCCAUCCUCAGUUUUCUCCUAUCACAGCAAUUCAACUCUGUAACUGUUUUAAAGUCCCCAUUGGCCUCAUGGUGAAAUCACUGAGCGGUUUCCUUCCUCUCCGGCAACUGAGUUAGGAAGGACGCCUGUAUCUUUGUAGUUACUGUGUGUAUUGAUACACCGUCCAAAGUGUAAUUUAAUAACUUCACCAUGCUCAAAGGGAUAUUCAAUGUUUUUUUUUAAAUCUACCAAUAGGUGCCCUUUGCGAGGCAAUGGAAAACCUCCCUGGUCUUUGUGGUUAAAUCUAUUUUGAAAUUCACUGCUCGACUGAGGGACCAUACAAUUAUCUGUAUGUGUGCGGUACAGAGAUAAGGUAGUCAUUCAAAAAAUAAUAACACUAUUAUUGCACACAGAGUCCAUGCAGAGUCCAUGCAGCUUGUUAUGUGACUUAAGCACAUUUUUACUCCUGAACUUGUUUAGGCUUGCCAUAACAAAGGGGUUGAAUACUUACUCAAGACAUUUCAGCUUUUACAUUUGUAUUAAUUUGUUAAGAUUUUGAACAACAUAAUUCCACUUUGACAUUAUGGGAUAUUGUGUGUAUGUGUAGGCCAGUGACAAAUUCUUAAAUGUAAUCCAUUUUAAAUACAGGCUGUAACGCAACAAAAUGUGGAAAAAGUCCAGAGUGUGAAUACUUUCUAAAGGCACUGUAUUUAAUGGACAGCUGUGAUGUUUGCUAGUUGUGGGCUCAAGGGCAUUGAGUGACAAAGAGAGGUUGGGAGAAAAUAUUACAUAUCUUACAAGUGGAAGAUAAGACACUCCUGUACAGUAGUCAAGCUUUACGCUCUGCUGCUUAGUGCAUAGACACGUGGUGAUAUGUGGCUCUCAUUGAAACACUAUAUAUAUAUAUAUAUAUAUAUAUAUAUAUAUAUAUAUAUAUAUAUAUAUAUAUAUAUAUAUAUAUAUAUAUAUAUAUAUAUAUAUAUAUACAAUAGUAUGUGGACACCCUUUGAAAUGAUUGGAUUUCGCUUUUUCAGCCACACCCAAUGCUGACAGGUGUGUAAAAUCGAGCACACCGCCAUGCAAUCUCCAUAGACAAACAUUGGCAGUAGAAUGGCCUUACUGAAGAGCUCAGUGACUUUCAACGUGGCACCGUCAUAGGAUGCCACCUUUUCAACAAGUCAGUUCGUCAAAUUUCUGCCCUGCUAGAGCUGCCCCGAUCAACUGCAAGUGCUGUUAUUGCGAAGUGGAAACGUUUAGGAGCAACACGUUUAGGAGCAACAACGGCUCAGCCGCAAAGUGGUAGGCCACACAAGCUCACAGAACGGGUGCUGAAGCGCGUAGCAUGUAAAACUCUUGUGUCCUCGGUUGCAACACGCACUACAGAGUUCCAAACUGCCUCUGGAAGCAAUGUCAGCAAAGAACUGUUAGUCGGGAGCUUCAUUAAAUGGGUUUCCAUGGUCGAGCAGCCGCACACAAGACUAAGAUCACCAUGCGCAAUGCCAAGCAUCGGCUGGAGUGGUGUAAAGCUCACCGCCAUUAGACUCUGGAGCAGUGGAAACGCGUUCUCUGGAGUGAUGAAUCACGCUUCACUAUCUGGCAGUCCGACGGACGAAUCUGGGUUUGGCGGAUGCCAGGUGAACGCUACCUGCCCCGAUGCAUAGUGCCACCUGUAAAGUUUGGUGGAGAAGGAAUAAUGGUCUGGGGCUGAUUUUAUGGUUCGGGCUAGGCCCCUUAGUUUCAGUGAAGGGAAAUCUUAACGCUACAACAUACAAUGACAUUCUAGACAAUUCUGUGCUUCCAACUUUGUGGCAACAGUUUGGGGAAGGCCCUUUCCUUUUUCAGCAUGACAAUGCCCCCAUGCACAAAGCGAGGACCAUAAAGUAAUGGUUUGUCAUGAUUGGUGUGGAAGAACUUGACUGGUCUGCACAGAACACCUUUCGGAUGAAUUGUAACGCCAACUGCGAGCCAGGCCUAAUCGCCCAACAUCAGUGUCCGACCUCACUAAUGCUCUUCUGGCUGAUUGGAAGCAAGUCCCUGCAGCAAUGUUUCAACAUCUAGUGGUCAGUACAGGUGUAUCAAAGCUGGGACCGAGAGACUGAAAAACAGCUUCUAUCUCAAGGCUUUCAGACUGUUAAAUAGCCAUCACUAGCCGACAACCACCUGGUUACUCAACCCUGCACCUUAGAGGCUGGUGCCCCAUAUACAUAGACAUGGAAACACUAGUCACUUUAAUAAUGUUUACAUACUGCUUUACUCAUUUCAUAUGUACAAUACCAGUCAAAAGUUUGGACACACCUACUGAUUCCAGGGUUUUUCUUUAUUUUUACUAUUUUCUACAUUGUAGAAAUAAUAGUGAAGACAUCAAAACUAUGAAAUAACACAUAUGGAAUAAUUUAGUAACCAAAAAAGGGUUAAACAAAUCAAGGUAUAUUUUAUAUUUGACAUCCUUCAAAGUAGACACCCUUUGCCUUGAUGACAGCUUUGCACACUCUUGGCAUUCUCUCAACUAGCUUCAUGAGGUAGUCACCUGGAAUGCAUUUCAAUUAACAGGUGUGCCUUGUUAACUUGUAGAAUUUAUUUCCUUCUUAAUGCAUUUGAGCCAAUCAGUUGUGUUGUGACAAGGUAGGGGUGGUAUACAGAACAUAGUCCUAUUUGGUAAAAGACAAAGUCCAUAUUAUGGCAAGAACAGCUCAAAUAAGCAGAGAAACAACAGUCGAUCGUUACUUUAAGACAUGAAGGUUAGUCAAUCCCGAAAAUGUCAAGAAUUUUGAAAGUUUCUUCAAGUGCAGUCGCAAAAACCAUCAAGCGCUAUGAUGAAACUGGCUCUCAUGAGGACCGCCACAUGCAAGGAAGACCCAGAGUUACCUCUGCUGCAGAGGAUAAGUUCAUUAGAGUUACCAGCCUCAGAAAUUGCAGCCCAAAUAAAUGCUUGACAGAGUUCACGUAACAGACACAUCUCAACAUCAACUGUUCAGAGGAGACUGUGUGAAUCAGGCCUUCAUGGUCGAAUUGCUGCAAAGAAACCACUACUAAAGGACACCAAUAAUAAGAAGAGACUUGCUUGGACCAAGAAACAUGAGCAAUGGACAUUAGACCGGUGGAAAUUUGUCCUUUGGUCUGAUGAGUCCAAAUUUGAGAUUUUGGGUUCCAACCGCCGUGUCUUUGUGAGACGCAGAGUAGGUGAACGGAUGAUCUCUGCAUGUGUGGUUCCCACCGUGAAGCAUGGAGGAGGAGGUGUGAUGGUGUGGGGGUGCUUUGCUGGUGACACUGUAGGUGAUUUAUUUAGAAUUCAAGGCACAUUUAACCAGCAUGGCUAUCACAGCAUUCUGCAGCGGUACGCCAUCCCAUCUGGGUUGGGCUUAGUGGGGCUAUCAUUUGUUUUUCAACAGGACAAUGACCCAACACACCUCCAGGCUGUGUAAGGGUUAUUUGACCAAGAAUAGUGAUGGAGUGCUGCAUCAGAUGACCUGGCCUCCACAAUCAUCCGACCUCAACUCAAUUGAGAUGGUUUGGGAUGAGUUGGAACUCAGAGUGAAGGAAAAGCAGCCAACAAGUGCUCAGCAUAUGUGGGAACUCCUUCAAGACUGUUGGAAAAGCAUUCCAGGUGAAGCUGGUUGAGAGAAUGCCAAGAGUGUGCAAAGCUGUCAUCAAGGCAAAGGGUGGCUACUUUGAAGAAUCUAAAAUCUUAAAUAUAUUUUGAUUUAACACUUUUUUGGUUACUACAUGAUUCCGUAUGUGUUAUUUCAUAGUUUUGAUGUCUUCACUAUUAUUCUACAAUGUAAAAAUAAAGAAAAACCCUGGAAUGAGUAGGUGUGUUCAAACUUUUGACUGGUACUGUAUAUACUGUAUUCUAUUCUACUGUAUUUUAGUCAAUGCCACUCCGACAUUGCUCAUCCUAAUAUUGAUAUAUUUCUUAAUUCCAUUAUAUUACUUUAGAUUUGUGUGUAUUGUUGUGAAUUGUUAGAUACUACUGCACUGAUGGAGCUUGGAACACAAGCAUUUCGCUACACCCGCAAUAACAUCUGCUAAAUAUGUGUAUGUGAUCAAUAAAAUUUGAUUUGGAAAGCAUUCCCAGAAGAGUGGAGGCUGUUAUAGCAGCAAAGGGGGGACUAACUCCAUAUUAAUGCCCAUGAUUUUGGAAUGAGAUGUUUGACGAGCAGGUGUCCACAUACUUUUGGUCAUGUAGUGUACAUCUGUCCGUUCGGCCAAGUGGACACUUGCUGGACUCAGUUUAGUGUGCAUGUGUGCCAUUCUGUGUAUCACGGAAGCGCUGUUGACUUUGAUGGUGAAAGCUUUCUUUACUGUAGUCGUUAUAGAACGACUACAGUAUACAGUCUGACUGCCUCUCACAUGAUUAGGCCUACACUGUAGCUGUUUUAUGUUUCACCUUCAAAUUCACCAAUACCUCCUGCUGUUCAUUUCCUGAGUGGCCAGCCGGGUCUGGUUUAUGUGUUUAUCCUUGUGCUGACGUUAGAUACAGUACUUGUCUUUUUUUAUAGGUUGACUCAGGGUUGAUGGAGUAUGACAUGUUUACUGUCCAUAUGGUCUGUGCUCCAUCUCCUGUCUUUGAGGCGACUCUGACCCUGAAACAUAUUGGUUUACCCUUCACCCCCUCUCUUUUCAUCUCUCUAUCCCUUCCUCCUGUCUCUUGCUAUCUUUCCAUAUCUCACUCUUUCUCUCCCCCCCCCCCCCCACAAUCUUUCAGGGGGCAUUUGGAGCUCUUCAGAAAAUCUGUGAGGACUCAGCAGAGGUCUUGGACAGUGACGUGUUGGACCGUCCGCUCAAUGUCAUGAUCCCAAAGUUCCUGCAGUUCUUCAAGCACAGCAGCCCGAAGAUCAGGUACUGGUAAACUCUCCCGGUACCCCUGCUCACUGCCUUCUCUCUCUCUCCCUCACUCCUUGGCCAAUGAGCUUCCUUAACAGCCCUUACUUCCUGAUCAAAUUAAACCAAAUAUAUUUAUAAAGCCUUUUUUUACAACAGCAGUUGUCACAAUGUGUAGGGUGUGCACCCACUCCAGAGUGGGUGAAAAUGCACUUUGGUGAGGACAUUUCACUUCCUUUUGUCAUAAAAUACAUUUUAACAAAGACAAAUAUGAUUCUUCAUGUUCUGAAUCGUUCGUUCAGUAUUUCUCUAACAUAUCAACAUUAUAUCCAAAAUGUCGGAUUUCGUAACCUAAUAGUUCCGAUAAUAAGCACAGAGUUCUGUUGACAGAGCGGUGCCGCUUUCUCGCUGCAACUUCUGAAUUAAAUGUAAAAGUCUUUGAAAAUAAAAAGCUUGCCGUACGCUCAGUGCACCGUUGACAUUUCAGUGUUUUUGUGAGAAAUCUUCGAAAAAUAACAGGAAUUUCGUAUUAAUAUGAAAAUCGAUAUCCAUCUUACCUCUAUUGUUUUAUGUCCUCCGGAUUUGAGAAGAAAGAUGACUAGUUCAACGGUGAGCCUUUCAGUUAGCCUUAAUUUUCGGACAGCAUCCAGCCUAGCUGACAAUUAUAUUUUCCAGAUUUUUGGGGGGCCUCCAUUGAUUUAGUUGCCCUAAUUUUGGCCAUACUAAAAGGGUUAAAACACCAAUAACCUUUUGAACGGAUUAUGAUAAAGACAUGAGGUUUGGACCAUUGGUUUUCUUUAGAGGAGUAUCUACACAAUUAACAUAUCUUACCCUUUGGUCAAAAUAUUUUGUUUUUGUUUUGACACCCUACAAUAACCUGGCCUAGACCCCAAAUAGCAAGCUGAAGCACAGUGGUAAGGAAAAGUCCCUAGAAGGAAUGACUGUACUCUAGUAUGAGUGUACUGUGCCUCCCUCUCUCUCCCUGCUCACAGCCUUGCCUCUUUCCCUCACUCCUCACUCCCGGGGGAGCCAAGACCUUGCCCCUCCUCUAAUCGCUCCCAAAACAACCCAUAGCAAGUAUAUUUUUUUAUUUUUAAGAUCCAGCUACAUUCACAGGCGCUUUGAUCCAAAAUGGCCCCUCAGAUCCCUCUUUCCUCAGGCUUAUAGAUAAAACUUUCUCUCUGAUUUGUAUCCAUCCUUUGGUGUUAUCAAGGUCUGAGAUCCCAGAUUGGAGACUGGGGGGAAAACGUGGAUAGAAAAGGGAGGUGGGGGGAGGAACAGACACCGAGGCAGCAUUGAUGAGGGGGAACAUGUGAAUUUAGGUUGUGUGAAGUUAAGGUUUUAAAGGGUCUGUUGUCUUGUUGUGUUGCAGGUCUCAUGCCAUCGCCUGCGUCAACCAGUUCAUCAUCAGUAGGACCCAGGCCCUCAUGCUGCACAUCGAUGGCUUCAUUGAGGCAAGUCUGACCCCGCAGUGACCUCUGACCUAUACACUCUGACAUCCCAUAACCCCCAGACAGCCCUGUGACUGUCUAAUAUGCCCACAAAGUCAGACACAUGCCAUGAGCCUCCUGUGGCCCCGACGUCAUGCAAACAAGUCAUAUACCAUGUGCACAAACAUACAGAGCCCACCCAACUAGUGCAUACCCCCCUUGACACACACAACACCUCUCCUACAUCUCCUGACCAUCACACAUGGCCAUUUAGCCAUCAUCAUACACACACACACACACCCAUCCCAGCCAUAAGACCCAGAAGGCAUCAGCCAGGCAGGCAGGUAUAUGGCCUUAGCUCUCAGUGCAGUGGGUCAGUGGGUUAGCGCUGAGCCUCUAGGCAGCCCCACACUGUUCUACCCUAGCUUCAGUUCAGUACACAAACCCCAAUUCCUCCGAUUGGAUCAGGGCUGGUAAGCCGUUGGAAGUAGAUCAGGUUAACCACUGAUGAGCUUAAAUUCCAGCCAGCUGGGCACUGGAUGAGGACAGAUGCACCCAGCACAGUGACAUUGACAACACAUGACAGGCAGAAGAAUAUUGCAGGCGGAUAAGAGAUAAAGAAAAGGCUGCUGUUGAGUCCCUCUGUCUUUAGCUGUGGAGUUGAGAGAGCGGGCACUCGACGUAGAAGAGGCACAGGUCACAUAGAAUCCGAUUUACACACUCUGAAUUGGUUUAUUUCUGUAGGGUGUUUUUUAUAGAGCUUUUUUCACUGGAAUUCUUUGUUAUGUGAUAACAGGCAAAAGGACAGAGUUGAUAACAGGCGUUGAGUAAAAGGAGAUGGUCCUGGUCAGUGGAGGCUCAGGUGGUUGGUAGAUGGCUAGAGGCUCAGUAGUCGUAAGUGGUACAGGUCAGGUCAGACCUCAGGACGCACAUGAAGACAUUAUUGUCUGAACUCAAGUAACCUUUCCAUGGCUCUAUCUCAAUUACCUCAAAAUGUGUCCUCAUCUCGUCUCCUUCCUUUCAUCUGCACUGAUUAGAAAGUAUUUGACCGGUGAAAACAAUAUGGUGGAAGCUGAUCAUUUGGCCAAUCUUUUAGAUUCAUUAGUAAUGUUUGAACAAAUCAUGUGAAGUGAGGAAUAAUAGCCCCUUUGAGACUAGUAUGUGUACAUGGGUGUACGAUGUUUGACCCCCUUCCCUCCCUGUAGAACCUAUUUGCCCUGGCGACUGAUGAGGAACCUGAGGUGAGGAAGAAUGUGUGCAGAGCUCUGGUCAUGCUGCUGGAGGUCCGCAUGGACCGUCUCCUACCACACAUGCACAGCAUCAUAGAGGUGAGACUGGGACUUGGGUACUGGGGCUAGGAAUGGGUCUGGGUGGCAUUGGACUGGGGCUGGGUGGGGUAGGACUGGGUGGGGUAGGGCUGGGGCUGGGUGGGGUAGGACUGGAGUUGGGUAGGGUGGGGCUGGGCCUGGGUGGGGUAGGACUGGUGCUGGAACUGGGGCUUUGUGGGGUAGGACUGGGACAACCAUGGGUUUAGAGGAGGGAGAUGUAGGGGGAGGAAAGGAGGUUGAGGUAGGGGGAGCGAAGGAGGUUGAGAUGAAGGGAGGAAGAGAUGGAGAGGGGGAGGGAUAUAGAGAGGAAAGAAGUGAGGAAAACGAACCAAUAGAAUAGAUUCAGCUAAGUAUUUCAUCAAAUGAGCUCAAGCUGCCUCCUUGUGGCCAAAAGCUAUAUUUUCCAGCCAGUUUGAUACAUAAUCAGUUGGGUGAUUGUGGCUGCCCAGCUUGUGGCCUUGAAAUGGAUCCUGAAUAAUGAUGGAGGAAGUGCACUACAAGUAUAAUGCAAAAGGACUCAUUUUCCCAUGGUCCUCUCCUCCUCAGUACAUGCUGCAGAGGACUCAGGACCAGGAUGAGAACGUGGCUCUGGAGGCCUGUGAGUUCUGGCUGACCCUGGCUGAACAACCUGUCUGUAAGGAUGUUCUGUGUAACCACCUCUCCAAGUGAGUAACACAAUAUAUAUAUAUAUAUAUAUAUAUAUAUACACACACACACACACACACACACAGAGAACAGCUCACAGAUGAUGCUACAAGAAUGUUAGAGAUGGCAUAUGGGAAAGAACAGACUGUCAUAGCAGCACAAAUGCUUUGUGACACACACACAGUACAACACCAGCCUCCAUAUCAAAGCUUUAGCUAUAAUAUUUGCUCCAAUCCCACACUGUCAUUGUAGAUCUCACCCCUGGGUGUACUGUCCUUAUCCUGUCUGUUAGUGCUCAUCUGUUCCACGGUGGUGACAAUGCUGAUGUAUUAAUGUGGCCUGUCCUUGCUACCGCUCCCCCCCCCGUCUGUUUUCAGGCUGACUCCGGUGCUCGUCAACGGGAUGAAGUAUUCGGAGAUCGACAUCAUUCUGCUCAAGGUCAGUCUGCUCCGAGUAUGAGCCAGGAAAUGGAUCUGUGGCCUGCUAGCCUGCUGCCGGACUGGAGACUGUGAUUAAGAUGUACUGGACACAUCACACCUCAACCCUGGGGGAGGGAGAGGGUGGAGGGUAUUGGCAGGCCAGGCAAAUCAAUCUUGUGGGUGUGCAUGGCUGUCUCUCAAUAUUGGGUGUGUGUUGGUCCUAAGGUAGAAGUAUCGCCCGUCACUGGCCAGUCACUAUGGUUACAAUGAUAUUCAUAUUUAAAGAUGCAUAAAUAUGUAUGUGUCUCUGUCUGCUUGUAUGAUUAGAGUCUGAUAGGUGAACUGACAGCUACCCAGCUACAGCCUAAAGGCAGCUCAUUGUCUUAAAGUAGUAGAAAUAAUUAGAAUUGCAUACCUGUGUGUGUGUGUGUGUGUGUGUGUGUGUGUGUGUACACUUGCGAGUGUGUAACUUUGUGUUUUUGUGAGACUUGUGUGUUUAACUGUGUGUGUGUGUGUGUGUGUGUGUGUGUGUGUCAGGGUGACGUGGAGGAGGAUGAUGAGGCCAUCCCUGACAACGAGCAGGACAUCAGGCCCAGGUUCCACCGCUCCCGUACGGUUGCCCAGCAACACGAGGGUGAACGGGACGGCAUUGAGGAAGACGACGAUGAAGACGAUGACCUGGACGAUGACGACACCAUCUCUGACUGGAACCUCCGUGAGUGGACCUCUGAUUAUCUGUUUUUCUCUGCCUUUGUCUCACUUACUCAGUUUUCUUUCCUCAUUCACGAUUUCCCUAGCUCUCUCUCUCUCCCUCCUCUCCAAUCUCCAUCCACUCGUUUUCUCGUUCUCUUUCUCUUGCCGUCUCUCUUCCAGCCUUACCCCACAUAUGUAGACUAUGCCAUCAAUAUUAUUGACCUUUUUUUGUGUGUGCCUGUCUGUGUACCUCUCUAUGUUUACAUGUCCCUCUCUCGCUGUCUGUCUCCAGGUAAGUGUUCAGCAGCGGCGUUGGACGUGUUGGCUAACGUGUUCAGAGACGACCUGCUCCUCCCCAUCCUGCCUCUCCUCAAAGAGCUCCUCUUCCACCCAGAGUGGGUCAUCAAGGAGUCUGGAAUACUGGUUCUGGGGGCUAUCGCUGAGGGUAAGGUCCUGUUAUAGUACCCUAACCCCUAAGGUGGGGGGAGAAACCAGAGGAGAGAAAGGGAAGGAAGUGUUAUGCCCGAAAGAGAUAGGAGAAAGAGACUUUGGAGGGAGGAUGAGACUCACCUUGGGAGUGGUUACUGAUUGUCCAAUGGCAAUGCUAGAAUAUCUUCUAUAUGUAAACUUUGAAACCAGCAGACAUCAUUGACAUACAUGUUAAUUAUAGUAAUAACACCCACCUUCCUCCUCCAGGUUGUAUGCAGGGUAUGAUUACCUACCUGCCAGAGCUCAUCCCCCACCUGGUGCAGUGUCUGAGUGAUAAGAAGGCCCUGGUGCGCUCCAUCACCUGCUGGACCCUGAGUCGCUAUGCCCACUGGGUGGUCAGCCAGCCACCUGACACCUACCUGAAGCCCCUGAUGACUGAGCUGCUCAAACGCAUCCUGGACUCCAACAAGAGGGUGCAGGAGGCCGCCUGCAGGUGAGAGGGGGGUUGGCUGUGGUUCAGUUGCGGUCAGUUUGUGGUUUGCUGUCGUUACGUUUGACCAGAUGUGUCCGGUAUUUUUUUGUGUGCGUAAAUGAUCGAUAGAUAACCAGUAAUAAGUGGCUUUUGGUUUUCCAACUCAAGCUAGCGAUGACUGUCCUUGGGAGUGGAAAUAUGAUGAUUGUGACUAUUGGUUGAUCCAAUCAAACAUUUUUUGAACAGCUUGAUUGCAAAGUGCUGUUCUAAACUACCCUUUGUUUUUCCUCUCACCCCUUUCUCUCUCUCCCCUCCCCUCCCCCCUCUCUCUCCCCCUCCCCUCCCCCCUCUCUCUCCCCUCCCCUCCCCCCUCCCUCCUCUCUCUUCUCUCUCUCCCCUCUCUUAGUGCCUUUGCCACUCUGGAAGAGGAGGCGUGUACAGAGUUGGUUCCCUACCUGGCCUAUAUUCUGGACACGCUGGUGUUUGCCUUCAGCAAGUACCAACACAAGAACCUGCUCAUACUGUACGACGCUAUAGGGACGCUCGCUGACUCUGUGGGACACCACCUCAACAAGCCGGUAUACACAGACACACACAUAGAUACUAGGGAUGUGAUAAAUGGAACAUUUUGCUUAACGUUUAAGCUAGAGAUAUGUUUUUUUGCAUGGGGUGCAAAACCGCAUCCGCCAAUGGCACUUGUGGGGGUUGUAGAGCAAAACAGAGAACACCAUCUUGUUCGUGAGAGUCUCCCCUUUCCACAGAGGCCAAACGUUUUGGACGCUACAGAAGUUUUUGUGAGAAGAUGACUCAUGGUCUGACAAACACCGCUGUAGCUCGGCCACCUUCCACUGCAGAUGCGGAAGGCAGACAUAGGCAGAUGUGGCGGAUUGAGACACAGCCCGUGUUAAAAAUAUAUCUUCUAAAUUGAAGGAUUGUGAUGGGGAUUUUUUAUUAUUUACUUAGAUUGAUGCGCUGGUUCGUCAGUAGACUCUUAAGAAUAUACCCUUGAAAGCACCUCGGCUAUGGCACGUUUGUUUGUAAGGGUACACUACAGCUUCUUAAAUGCCGACACGGAACCUUCUAUGGCGACCAGAACUGUCAAUGAAAUAAUCUUGAGCUGCCUGCGCGCAGACCACUCUAUCCUAAAAAAGUGCUUUAAAGUUUGUUAAAUACCGUGACUUACCAAGACAUUUACUAGAAGAAAACAUCUUACGCUAGGAAUCGACUACUAAUAUUCCGUAUAUUUGGAAUGGAGGAGACUGAUUAGUUACCGUACUUCCGAGAACACAAACACUAGCAUCUUUCAUAGCGAGGGACGGAGAGAGAAGGGAGGGGCAAAGUACAUUCAGGUCGGCCACCAGGCAGACGGAAUCAGAACCGUGCACUAGGCCUAUCUAUCAGCAAUCAAAAGUUGUAUCUCGCAAUGGAACUCUGUAUUUUGCAAUUUCUUGGCUUGCAAUGUCUCGCAACUUCAGUAAAGCAGGGCCUAUCAUCAAUGAAUAGGCUAGGAUAUUCUACAUGCAACAGACUGAAGAACUAAGAAACACUUGCAUCAGGGGUGCUUGCUUAGUCCCCUCCUGUACUCCCUGUUCACCCACGUCUGCGUGGCCAAGCACGACUCCAACACCAUCAUUAAGUUUGCCGACGACACAACAGUGGUGGGCCUGAUCACCGACAACAAUGAGACAGCCUAUAGGGAGGAGGUCCGAGACCUGGCAGUGUGGUACCAGGACAUCAACCUCUCCCUCAAUGUGAGCAAGACAAAGGAGCUGAUUGUGGACUAUAGGAAAAGGAAGGCCGAACAGGCCACCAUUAACAUCGACGGGGCUGAAGUGGAGCGGGUCGAGAGUUUCAAGUUCCUUGGUGUCCACAUCACCAACAAACUAUCAUGGUCCAAACACACCAAGACAGUUGUGAAGAGGGCACGACAACACCUUUUCCCCCUCAGUAGUUUGAAAAGAUUUGGCAUGGGUCCCCAGAUUCUCAAAAAGUUAUACAGCUGUACCAUCGAGAGCAUCCUGACCGGUUGCAUCACUGCCUGGUAUUUCAACUGCUCGGCAUCUGACCGUAAGGUGCUAUAGAGGGUAGCGCCUUACGGUCAGGAAGCUUGGCCCCAGUGAUGUACUGGGCCGUACGCGCUACAGAGGGUAGUGCGUACGGCCCAGUACAUCACUGGGGCCAAGCUUCCUAGUGCCUUACGGUCAGACGCCGAGAAGUUGCCAUAACAGGCGGUGAUGCAACCGGUCAGAAUGCUCUCGAUGGUGCAGCUGUAUAACUUUAUGAGAAUCUGGGGACCCAUGCCAAAUCUUUUCAGAGGGUAGUGCGUACGGUCCAGUACAUCACUGGGGCCAAGCUUCCUGCCAUCCAGGACCUCUAUACCAGGCGGUGUCAGACGAAGGGCCAAAAAAUGGUGAAAGACUCCAGUCACCCAAGUCAUAGACUGCUCUCUCUGCUACCGCACGGCAAGCGGUACCGGAGCUCCAUGUCUAGGACCAAAAGGCUCCUUAACAGCUUCUACCCCCAAGCCAUAAGACUGAUGAACAAUUAAUCAAAUGGCCACCCAGACUAUUUACAUUGACCCCCCCCCUGUUGCUACUCGCUGUUUAUUACAGUGCCUUGCAAAAAUAUUCAUCCCCCUUGGCGUUUUUCCUAUUUUGUUGCAUUACAACCUGUAAUUUAAAUUGAUUUUUAUUUGGAUUUCAUGUAAUGGACAUACACAAAAUAGUCCAAAUUGGUGAAGUGAAAUGAAAAAAAUUACUUGUUUCAAAGAAUUCAAAGAAAUUAAGAAAUAAAAAGUGGUGCAUGCAUAUGUAUUCACCCCCUUUGCUAUGAAGCCCCUAAAUAAGUUCUGGUGCAACCAAUUACCUUCAAAAGUCACAUAAUUAGUUAAAUAAAGUCCACCUGUGUGCAAUCUAAGUGUCACAUGAUCUCAGUAUAUAUACACCUGUUCUGAAAGGCCCCAGAGUCUGCAACACCACUAAGCAAGGGGCCCCACCAAGCAAGUGGCACCAUGAAGACCAAGGAGCUCUCCAAACAGGUCAGGGACAAAGUUGUGGAGAAGUACAGGGUUGGGUUAUAAACAAAUAUCUGAAACUUUGAACAUCCCAUUGAGCACCAUUUAAAUCCAUUAUUAAAAAAUGGAAAGAAUAUGGCACCACAACAAACCUGCCAAGAGAGGGCCGCCCACCAAAACUCACGGACCAGGCAAGGAGGGCAUUAAUCAGAGAGGCAACAAAGAGACAAAAAUAACCCUGAAGGAGUAUCUGUCCAUAGGACCACAUUAAGCCGUGGGAGACUCCCCAAAUAUAUGGAAGAAGGUACUCUGGUCAGGUGAGACAAAAAUUUAGCUUUUUGGCCAUCAAGGAAAACGCUAUGUCUGGCGCAAACCCAACACCUCUCAUCACCCCGAGAACACCAUCACAACAGUGAAGCAUGGUGGUGGCAGCAUCAUGCUGUGGGGAAGUUUUUCAUCGGCAGGAACUGGGAAACUGGUCAGAAUUGAAGGAAUGAUGGAUGGCGCUAAAUACAGGGAAAUUAUUGAGGGAAACCUGUUUUAGUCUUCCAGAGAUUUGAGACUGGGACGGAGGUUCACCUUCCAGCAGGACAAUGACCUUAAGCAUACUGCUAAAGCAACACUUGAGUGGUUUAAGGGGAAACAUUUAAAUGUCUUGGAAUGGCCUAGUCAAAGCCCAGACCUCAAUCCAAUUGAGAUUCUGUGGUAUGACUUAAAGAUUGCUGUACACCAGCGGAACCCAUCCAACUUGAAGGAGCUGGAGCAGUUUUGCCUUGAAUAAUGGGCAAAAAUCCCAGUGGCUAAAUGUGCCAAGCUUAUAGAGACAUACCCCAAGAGACUUGCAGCUGUAAUUGCUGCAAAAGGUGGCUCUACAAAGUAUUGACUUUGGAGGGGUGAAUAGUUAUGCACACUCAAGUGUUUUUUUGUCUUAUUUCUUGUUUGUUUCACAAUAAAAAAUAUUUUGCAUCUUCAAAGUGGUAGGCAUGUUGCGUAAAUCAAAUGAUACAAACCCCCCAAAAAUCCAUUUUAAUUCCAGGUUGUAAGGCAACAAAAUAGGAAAAAUGCCAAGGGGGUGAAUACUUUCGAAAGCCACUGUAUCGAUGCAUAGUCACUGUACCUCGACUAACCUGUACCCCCCGCACAUUGACUCUGUACCGGUACCCCUUGUAUAUAGCCUCAUUAUUGUUAUGUAAUUUUCUUGAGUUACUUUUUGAUUAGAUUUGUUUACUUUAGUUAGGGUAUUUUCUUAACUUUAUUUAUUGAACUGCAUUGUUGGUUAAGGGCUUGUAAGUAAGCAUUUCACGGUAAGGUCUACACCUGUUGUAUUCGGCGCAUGUGACACAUUUGAUUUGAUUUGAUCAUUAACGAGGUGAAAGAGCCGGUGAGCCAGAUGCACUGUGACAAAACAUUUGUGGGGAGGGGGGAAACAUUGUUCCUUUAGGAAUCUUUCUCAUCUUUAGACACACACACACACACACAUUCCGCCAAUGACGUCUCCCACACACACAGCAAUGACUUGAGCAAUACAGCAUCUACACUUGCAUUUGAUUUCCCCUUUCAGGUGUGUGUCGGAUUGUGAUUGCUAAUGUGUGUUCUACUGUAUGUGUUUAGGAGUACAUUCAGAUGCUGAUGCCUCCGCUGAUAGCAAAGUGGAACCAGUUGAAGGAUGAAGACAAGGAUCUGUUCCCUUUACUAGAGGUGAGCCUCACCAUUAGGGUUGCAAAGCUACAGGUAGUUUACCAAAGUUACCGGAAUCUUCAGUAAUUUAGGUAAUUAAGAGUAAAUAUAUGUCGAUCUAUUGUAACUCUGGUAAUUUAUACUUGAAUAACUUUUUUUUAAACGUAUUCAUAUAUAGUCUUAAUUGUUUCAUAUCUGUGUCCACAUUGUCCAUGAGUUUCUAUUAGAUAGACCAUAAGGUUCAAGAGGAAGUAUCCUAAUUAAUAAAAAAAAGCAUCUAAUCAACAAUGGCAUUAUUUGCAAUUAACUCUGCAACUCUUCCAACUAUUGACUUUUUUCACAACUGUCACCAGUUUGACACCAAAACAUUGACCAAAAUACAUAUGUGACCGACUUGCUCGAUUCGGCCUUACGUCGCAAAAUGUUAAAUGGUGUUUUUUUUACAUUGGAUAAAAAUAGAGAAUCAGAGCUAGAAAAUGGUAUGUCAUACACUACAGUUGAGGAACAAUGGGAAAGUAAUUCUGUUUUGAAAGUUGAUCAACUUUGUAACCCCACUUUUGAGAAAAUGGCCCUUGAAUGUUUUGCUACACCUAUUGGAGAGCUCUCCUUUGUCUACACCCAUUCAGCAUCGUCCACACCCUCUUAAGCCGUAGCCCCACCCAUCUCUUUAAGGAUUCACAUAGGAGGCCAUGUUCUAUACAGAGUGAGUAUGGUAGUGUACUAAACAACCAAAGAUUUUAAGACUAAAGGCUGGUUUAUGCUACGUCUAUCGACAUGUUUGUAGACUGUUGUCGCAGUGACAUCAUGAACAUUCUAUUGUCGUCUGACAUCAAACUUGUCGUUGUCGUUAUGAAAAAGUAUAAACACAAAAAUAACAGGCUGCAUGACAUCAGCAGCCUGGUUGUCCAAAAUAGCAUAAUUGGUGUAUUUUAACACCAGUAAACCCAUCCGUUUAAAAUGAAUUUAGUAUAUGUCAAUCUAGCAAACCAGGCAACUAAAAGCAACUUUCUUAAACAAUGUUUUGAUUCGUUUCUAGCUUGUUAGCUAGCUAACGUUACGUUAGCUGGCUAGCCAGUACAAAUAAUUACCAUAUCAUAUAGCUGACAACGUCUUAUCUUUAGCUAAUUUGUAUUUGUUAUUACAGGAAAAUAAACUCACAACCAGAUCAUUAUUUACAAGUUAAUGGCGAACUAAUUACAGAUAAUAGCUUACGGUUGUGAGUGUGACAAAAUAAAAGCAGGGCAUUCUUCUACCGGAUAAUUUUUGAACUUGGACACUGUCUUGUUGGCCUAACGUUAUAUCCUAAUUUGACUUAGGUGCAGGUCAUGUUGUUCUAUACAUUACCGUCUCUGGUAAACACACACUAUAUCAAAUAAAAUCAACGUUUAUUUGUCACAUGCACAGGAUACAGAAGGUGUAAACGGUACAGUGAAAUGGUUACUUGCAUAGUGGAGUCUUUUGUUUAAACAUGUAGCUAGCUAGCUAAACAAUGAAACAUAAUCCCAACUCAUAACAUUACUACCCUGUAUGAAUCUGCUGGUAGCUAAAGCUAAUCAACUAACUAGGUUCAAUGUUAGCUAGCUAGCUAACAUUAGGCUAUAACUAGCAAUGCAAAUGGCUCUGAUGAAUAAUAUUACUACACAGAUCAUACACAUAACGUUAGCUAGCGAGCCAGUCAGCUAACGUUAGCUAGCUAGCUAACAGUACGUUUUAACUUGCAAUGAAAAUGACUUUCUGACAAAAUUAGAAACUUAUAAAAUCUGAAUGUAGCUAGCUAGACUCUUUUACCCGUAUACAUGGAUGAACGCUUCUCCCUCUGUCAUGGAUGCCAUGGUUGCCCUUAGUUUGAAGAUGUAACUCGGAGACAAGUGUUUUAUUCCACAGCCUUCUUCUUUGUGUUCUCUUUUCGACUCCCUCCACAAUAUAUGCAAUCAAACGCCAGACUUUUCUCCAUCUCCUUAGCUAUCAUACUCUGCUUCCACCGGGCAUUCCACUGAUUUCAAAACUCUGUUCUCCAGAAAUUGGAGAGCAUUAGCAACACUUAUGCAGUUCUUCGGGAUAUCUUUCAAAAUAGCUGCGUUAGAAAGGAUUACCUACACAUACUGAGCAGCUCAUGUUAUAGACAUAAGCGUGCUAAAUGGCAGACCAAUCAGAAUUAAUCUCUUGACAUGUCCAGCCCAUACAUUCUCAGCCAAUCAUUGCUAGCGGCAAGGUUCCUGUCUUUUUCCGUGGCUAAACCAACGAGGCUCGUAAUGUAACAGUUCUAUUCGUAUUUACAGAUGACAUACAAGUUCGUUAUUAAGGCACAUGAAAGUUCACAUGUUCCAGAAGGCAUUUCUGCAAAUGCGUUUUGAUUAAAAAUAAUUGUUUAUGUUCAAAUGCCUCUCCUGUAAAGUAGUGAUGACGACAUACGCCUAGUUUCCUGAAACGAGUCACAUAUUGACAUAGUAAAAUAAGUGUGUAAGAAAAUAUAAAGGAUAUUUCAUGCUGAAACCCUCACAUUAAAUCCCAAUGGUAUUCAUUUAGGGUAAUAUUUAGGAUAAUGUUUUACAGCGUUGUCAUUCUAUUUUUAUUUUAAAAUCAUCUUAUUUAUUUCAUAUACUUUACAUGAGAUCAUGCCACACAUAGGGCCAGAGAUAAUGACAGACACCUGUGAUAAUCUGAAGUACCCAAAAGGGCCACUAGAUGUCUUGUGAUAGAUUAAAUGAAAUCCUUGAAAGAUACCAGAAUUCUUGUAGUUUACUGGUAAACUUUAAAAGUGUCCAGUAAUAUACCCUCCCUUUAAAACCCUACUAACCGCCUCGAGGAGUUUCCCACACUUUACCGACAACAAAUGCUUACCCUGUAAAACGAUAAAUUACUACCUGUACAGUGCCUUGCAAAAGUAUUCACCCCCCUUGGCGUUUUUCCUAUUUUGUUGCAUUACAACCUGUAAUUUAAAUGGAUUUUUAUUUGGAUUUCAUAUAAUGGACAUACACAAAAUAAUCCAAAUUGGUGAAGUGAAAUUAAAAAAAUUACUUGUUUCAAAAAAUUAUACUAAAUAAAUAACGGAAAAGUGGUGCGUGCAUAUGUAUGAAGCCCCAAAAUAAGCUCUGGUGCAACCAAUUACCUUCAGAAGUCACAUAAUUAGUUAAAUAAAGUCCACCUGUGUGCAAUCUAAGUGUCACAUGAUCUCAGUAUAUAUACACCUGUUCUGAAAGGCCCCAGAGUCUGCAACACCACUAAGCAAGGGGCACCACCAAGCAAGUGACACAAUGAAGACCAAGGAGCUCUCCAAACAGGUCAGGGACAAAGUUGUGGAGAAGUACAGAUCAGGGUUGGGUUAUAAAAAAAUAUCUAAAACUUUGAACAUCCCAUGGAGCACCAUUUAAAUCCAGGCUCUGUCGCAGCCGGCCGCGACCGGGAGAAUCAUGGGCGGCGCACAAUUGGCCCAGCGUCGUCCAGGGUAGGGGAGGGAAUGGCCGGCAGGGAUGUAGCUCAGUUGAUAGAGCAUGGCGUUUGCAACGCCAGAGUUGUGGGUUCGAUUCCCACGGGGGGCCAGUAUUAAAAAAGUAAUAAAUAAAUAUUUAUUCACUAACUGUAAGUCGCUCUGGAUAAGAGCGUUUGCUAAAUGACUAAAAUGUAAAUGUAAAUGUAAAUAUGGCACCACAACAAACAUGCCAAGAGAGGGCCGCCCACCAAAACUCAAAGACCAUGCAAGGAGGGCAUUAAUCAGAAAGGCAACAAAGAGACCAACGAUAACCCUGAAGGAGCUGCAGAGCUCCACAGCGGAGAUUGACGUAUCUGUCCAUAGGACCACUUUAAGCCAUACACUCCACAGAGCUGGGCUUUCCGGAAGAGUGGCCAGAAAAAAAGCCAUUGCUUAAAGAAAAAAAUAAGCUAACACGUUUGGUGUUCACCAAAAGGCAUGUGGGAGACUCCCCAAACAUAUGGAAGAAGGUACUCUGGUUAGAUGAGACUAAAAUUGAGCUUUUUGGCCAACAAGGAAAACGCUAUGUCUGGCGCAAACCCAACACCUCUCCCCGAGAACACCAUCCCUACAGUGAAUAGUUAUGCAUGCUCAAGUUUUCUGUUUUUUUUGUCUUAUUUCUUGUUUCACCCCAAAAACUAUUUUGCAUCUUCAAAGUGGUAGGCAUGUUGUGUAAAUCAAAUGAUACAAACCCCCCAAAAAUCCAUUUUAAUUCCAGGUUUUAAGGCAACAAAAUUGGAAAAAUGCCAUGGGGGGGGUGAAUACUUUCGCAAGCCACUGUAACUGAGGUUAUCAAGUAUAAUAUUAUUUAUUCCUCUUAUGUCCUCUCUUUUGUCACUUCCCCUUUCUCUCAAUCACCCCAACUCUUUCUUUCCCUUUCUUCCCCCCCAUCUCUGUCCUUCUUUCUCUCUCUCUCUCUCUCCAUCCCUCUCUCAGUGCCUGUCGUCAGUAGCCACGGCGCUCCAGAGUGGUUUCCUGCCCUACUGUGAGCCUGUGUACCAGCGCUGUGUUAACCUGGUGCAGAAGACCCUCGCUCAGGCUAUGGUGAGACACGCACGCACGCAGUGCAUUUGUAAAGUAUUCAGACCCCUUGACUUUUUCCACAUUUUGUUACGUUACAGCCUUAUUCUAAAAUGGAUACAAUUAAUUUUUAAAGGCCUACACAGUGUCUGUCUAGUGAAUUAUGUACAUUUUCUGCCUGGAUUCUGGCUCACCUAAUCAGUCUGUUGCAUAAGUGACUUUGUUUGUGUAGCGCCUUGCUUUUUUUCUUGUCUGUAAACAAUAUCUUGUUUGUGCCAACUGGCUGCGUGAGUUGGCACUGAACACCAUGGAGAGGCAAUUGGCACAGAUUGUUUGUUUGUGUGUGUGUGUGAGAACAUUUGGAAGACUUAUCUGCUCGCAGUGGGGUGUCAUGCUUGGGGUAUGUGGCAUCUAAUUGUUUCCAAUCUCUCCUUUCCCAAUUCUAAUCCACACACUCUCUCACUUCCUCUAUCGUCCGUCUACCUUUUUUUUACCCCCUCCCCCCUCGCUCUCCAUCCAGCUCCACCAGUCCCAGCCAGACCAGUACGAGGCCCCUGAUAAGGACUUUAUGAUUGUGGCCCUGGACCUGCUUAGCGGGUUGGCUGAAGGGUUGGGCGGCAACAUCGAGCAGCUGGUCGCCCCUAGCAACAUCCUCACGCUCAUGUACCAGUGCAUGCAGGUAACCAGUGUCCUCACCUAGAGCUGGGACGAUAAACCGAAUAUUACCGAUUUCGCUGUCGGCUGCUGUCUGAGCGAGCCAAUUCUCACUCUCUCUCCCCACUCUGCGCAAGGAGGAGGGAGAGAUGCAUUCUGAGAAGCACAAGCGUAUGACCGUUGCUCAAAAUGCUAUUGCGGGAAAAAUACAGUUUUCAAAGCAACUGCUGUUCUAGUUACAUAGAGGAGAGUCACAUCUUUCUGUGUUUUAUAUAAUGAAUUUCUCACCUCUUAAUAUUAAGUUCAUGGCACCACUUUACAACCGGAGUAGGCUGUAGUUAGUAUGGUUUUGAUGCGCCUGCAGAGCGGAGCGCACCGUUUGCAGUGAAUAGGCCUACAUCAAGUAGCCUAGGCUUGGCGCUGGAAAGUUUUUGUAGGACAGUCAGGCUACAUUUACAGAAUUAUUAAUCAAUUAGCCUACAUGGCUAUCUAGCAACAAUAUCAUAUUUAGAGUUAACAAUCUAGCUAAGUGUUUUGCGUUCCCACUUCCUCAGGUAGUGAAUAAUAUAGCCUAUAGGCCAAUAUGAAGCGCCAAAAGAAAUCUGAUAAUUCUGGAUCCAACAUCAAAGGUUGCACAUCAAAAUAUCAAUCAUGCAUUUCCUGGAUAUGUUAGAUGAAAUGGCUUACUUUUUAAGUCAUAGGCUACCAUCACCGUUGUCUGUCUUGGCACUGGAAAAAAAUUAUUAUAGAGCCCCGCCGCUAAUGUAAAGUAACUGUAAAUUAAAUCGUAUUUGUUAUCAAGCAAAAUUCUCUCUACUCUCUCUCCCUCUUCCUCUCUCUCGCUCCCCCUCUCUCUUUCUCUCUCCCCCUCUUUCUUUCUUUUCCUCUCAUUCAGGACAAAAUGCCUGAGGUGCGUCAGAGCUCCUUUGCUCUGCUGGGUGACCUGACUAAGGCUUGUUUCCAGCACGUAAAGCCAUGCAUUGGUACGUACUCUUUUCUCUUACACCACAUUGGCAGUAACACACUGCCUAGUAGUCCAAAUGUGAGCUUAUCAAUUACCGAUGGUAUAAGCCUCUUUCUCUCCUGUGCAGCUGAUUUCAUGCCUAUAUUAGGCACUAAUCUGAACCCAGAAUUGAUAUCGGUGUGCAACAAUGCAACAUGGGCAAUCGGAGAGAUAUCUAUACAAAUGGGUGAGUGUCCACAAAAUGUCACAAAACGGUCACACACACACCAGCUUACAUGCAUUCUAAUGAACACACACACGCACUCACACUUGCACUCACACCCACGGCCUCACUCACGGACCUUCAUUUUUCCGGCCUCUCCCCAGGCGCUGAGAUGCAGCCCUACGUGGCCAUGGUGCUGCACCAGCUGGUUGAGAUCAUCAACAGGCCCAACACCCCAAAGACCCUGCUGGAGAACACAGGUACCACAAGGUGGCGCUUUGCUGAGCCCACCAGCCACAGCACAGGGAGGUGUUGCACAGUCCGUCAGGCCUACUCUGAGCGCGUCCCAAUCGUCCCUCCCUUCUCCCAAAUUGUGCACUUGUUCACUUCCCUUCAUGGAUUUGACAGGAAAUGACUGGUAUAUGAAAGAUCCACCUAGCCCGUGCCAAGACUAAUCCAAUGCGUUUUUCGUUUUUGGGGAGUAGUGAACGAGUGCACACUUCAGGAUGAAGGAGAGAUUAUUGGGACGCACCCUCUGAAUUGAGAUGAGGCCAUUCAUCUCUAUCUGAAAGGCUCCCCAAGCCCUGGGCCUUACAGGUUUCGCCGGUUUCGCCCAAAUAUCCCAACUACUCCUACCAACUGAUCUAUGGCUUAGAGGCUGUGUUUAUGGGUUGUUGGAUCCCUGCUGAAGUAAAUGUAAUGUUGCUCAGGUGGAAAGAGAGAGUGAUAAAGAGAGAUUGAUAGAUACAAAUUUUGUUCCUCACUAACCAGGUUUCCAUCCUUUUAUGCGAGUCAAGUACAUGUUGGAUAAAAAAUGUCAUGACAGGCCUGUUGGAAACAGCACAUUUGUCGGUAAACUUUCCAAAUGUCGACAAAACAAAAUGUGCUAGACAAGGUGGGAUCUUUUUGUUGGUAAAAUUAAUUAUGCGAGAAAUGGUGGUGGAAACUAGACUGACGACUCACACUAAAUUAUUCUGCUGCUCUGUCAUUCGCUACCUACUUUAGUCUGAGACUGCAAUCAUUUAAGUAGUUUGUGGUGACGAAGGGCAUGAGGGGCAUUGUACAAAACAGUCCUCAUUGAUUGGAUCAUAUUCAACCUAUCAGAUUAUCAAAGCCAAUGACGAAUUUUCAAACUGCCACUUUACCCACGUGUGUUCUGGCUCUGGCCCAACCCAUCGGUUUCUGGACCAAUCAGAUGGCCCUGAAUGUGUUCGCAUUCGGUGAAGGGUCAGGGAGGUACUCAGAUCCAGACUAAUUUCUGAGAAGAAACUAAUGUCCAUGGGCGUGGCGUAGCGUUUGGCUGGAGUAAGGAGUCUGGGUAGCCAGGCAAGGUUGAAAUCCCUUCAUGCACAAAUAUUGAUAUAAUAACCAUCAUAUCGAAGUUAACUCGGAGUCACGCGAUGAUAUGUUAUGUAGUCCUCCCACUACGACUCGGGAAAACAUGCAGUUUAUUAGGCUACAGAUUAAAUAAAUGAUGAUGAACUUCACUGGGUGGUGAAAGUGCACGGUGAUGAGCUUGAUGCUCCUUUCCAAUAAAUAUUGAGGGUCUUAUUCUGGUGACAUGAUGAUCGAUGCUUGACUACCGCUUUGACAAUAAAAAAAAUGUGUGCUCUUAUCCAUAAUCUCAUCAUGUAGAUAGCCUACAUUGUAUCUGCGAGCUGUUGGUUAGAGCACACAUGCGAAGACCAGAGAGGGAACAUUUGCGAUAUAACGCAACAUUUGUUGUGACAAAACCAUCAGUAGAGUUGAAAAUGCGAUGGAAACCCAUUUAACUUGUAUUUUUUAACCGCAAAAGUUAUUUUAUGUGCACUAUGUCAUCACCCACCGCCUUUUACAAGUCAAUUUGAUGGAAACACAUCUCUGGUGGGAAAAUGUGCAUAUUGUUUUUAUGCGGAUUUUAGAAUAUUAGCAUGAAAAUCUGUUGCCAAUUGGAUGGAAACCUAGCUAUAGAGUAAGUUUAAAAACCGAGCGAACCCUGUAAGUGUACAGUCUUGGCGUGAUUAACUGAAAUGAAUUGAUUCUAUUGUGCCUAUGGUUGUCAGGUUUUUCUAGCUGUAUUUCCAUUGAAGUAAAGUUGAAGUGUUGAGCAGCAUCAGUAGGUGACAGUGAGGCCUUAACUGAGACAGAUGAGUGUCUCCCAACCUCACUUACAGCUAAAUGCUUAGAGUUUUCAUACGGUUAAUUUGACAAACUGAAUGUUUACUGAACACUCGGAUAAUAAUAAUUAAUAAUAAUAACUAGUCUUCUUUGCUGAUUGAGAAAAGAGUUAAUCCCACCCUAAACAUUUUUGUGGUGUUGAAAUGUUAUAGCACCUACACUUAGCAAACAAACCUUCAGUUACACUCUGCUCUUAUUUAGAAGCUCUAUUCGAAUUGGAGACUGUGCUUGGGAAAGCCAAAAUGGCCGCCCGACAUAAACUAGAACCACUGAGCCAAAAUGAGGGUGAAGUGUAACCUGCUUAACUAUCCCUACCAGGGAAACUGGGGAAUUUGUAGAUGUUGUUCUGUUUGUCAGUUUAUUUGUUGUUUUUAGUUACUGUUUUUUAAAUGUGAAUGCAUAUCUGCCAAUAGAUGUUGAAUGUUGUUUAGUUAAAGGAUGGCAAGUGUUUGAUGCAGGAUACGUGAUGAAUUGAUGGAGCCAUAGCACUAUGCUGUUGAGCUCAGACCACUGCCAUUCUAUUUUAGUAUGAUAAAUUGAAACCUCUUUGUUUCCAUUUGGUUUCCCAAUCAACAUUUUUCCCCUAACCAAUCAAAACAUUCAGAAAUAUAUCCAUAUUGAUUAUCUUAUAGCUCACCAAUUUGAUAAUUCAGAGCACUUUUAAAACACACACAUAUAAAGUCACAUCAACGCUAAACACUGAAAUUGAGGUGGAUUGGGUUUGAGGCCAUAUAUAGCUAUAACUCCUCCCCUCCACCCUCAUUUGAAACAAAUCAGCCUAUCCUGCACUGAACUCAAUUUCUAAUGAGCCUAUCAUCUGCUUUCUGCAUGUCUCAUUGGACUGUUCAUAAAUUCCUGUUUCUUAAUGAGAAUGUUGCAUCGUUUUGUGUCUCUUAAACGUAGGUCCUCGCUCCUCUCUGCCUCUUCAUAAGAACCUGCUGUGCUGGAUACUAGUCUCCUUCCAUGUAGUUGGCUUGGAGUACUGUCAUUUCUUUACAACCAAAAGAAAGAACGUUUCUGUUUCUUAUGGAAAGAUGAACCUUUUUGUGAGUUUAAGGGAGAAACCUAUGAAAGCUCAAUUCCCAGCUGGCAACUUUGAGAGGAAUAAUAACUGUAUAAACAUUAAUGACUUCACAUUUACACUUUUACUUUUAGAUGAAGAUCAUUCAUUUAACAUUUGGGAGAGAGGAGUUUGUUGCAAGAGAACAGAGGCCAUUUCACCAUUCAUAUUUCUGAUGUCAUAUUUCUGACGUCCGAGCAGGCAUGUUGCCGUUUGAUUUGAUAUUGUGUUGUCAAAGUGUUCUCCCUUAAAUUAGUUGUUUGUUUUUAGAGUGUCAUACUAUCUUACGUUUUUCCCCCAGUAGUGAGCGGGGCAGUAGUAAUCAACACUAGUGAAUUCUUCUGUUUAAUAUCAUGCACAGAUUCUGUUGAUUUAUGUUUCUGAGUUGUUUGUUUGUUUUUUCUUUAUUUUUUCUCCUCCUCCUCCUCAUUGCUCAUGUCUUGGUUGGCGUUUGGUGGUGUAUAUCCGUGAUUGCGUUACCUUAGCAAUAACAAUUGGUCGUCUUGGUUACGUUUGUCCUCAAGAGGUGGCACCCAUGCUACAGCAGUUUAUAAGACCCUGGUGUGUAUUAUUCAAUAUAUUUUUAUUUAAUUCAUUUUCUCUUUCUCCGCGUCUGUCUCUCCCUGUCCUGUCACUCUCGCUUUCCUUCCCUGUCACUGUCUUUCUCUGUCUCUUCAUCAUCUUUCUUUCUAAAAUAAGUAUUUUCUGUUUCUCCUGAAUCAGUCUGUAAUCAAUUGCCAACCAUGUGACUAAUCUUGUCCUCUUUUAGGUCCCCUCAGUGUGAUUUAUUUUGCCUCAGUAGCACCUUCAUGUAUUUGAUACAUUAUUGGUUUAUUUAUUUAGCUUUUUUUUUGUCGUUGUUAAUUGUCACUAACUACUAAUUAGUGCAUGGGAUCAGAUUGUCACAUGCCUGCUGGUUCAGAAAGAAAAAGGGAAAACAAAUGGCUUCCCAAAAAUUCCAGACGCAUUCCAAAAUAAUUCCCAAAAGUAUUCCCGGAUUAUUCCCAAAUCCCCCAUCUUGUCCAAUAGUCCUCCAGCUGCAUGUGCCUAUCCCAGAAUUCCUCAAAACUUCCUUUAAGAAAAAAGUUAAUAUUUCAAAAGAAAUUGGCAUUGAUAAGGUGCUAUAGUAAAGGCUUGCCUGAAUGCCACAUGGGCCAAAUGGAAGUUAUUUUAAGUGAUAAAGCAGUUUUAGUGACUCACGUGUAAGUGAAUAGAGUUAAGUGCCUUCACACACAGUCUCAGAAUGACAGGUUUGUUUGAUGUGCAUGCACAAUUCUGAUACCGUUUUAGAUAACCUGAGAGAAAUCAUUUUCUCCCCACAAGAAUGUGUUGUACAUACAGUGGCUUGCGAAAGUAUUCACCCCACUUGGCAUUUUUCCUAUUUUGUUGCCUUACAACCUGGAAUUAAAAUUGAUUUUUGGGGGGUUUGUAUCAUUUGAUUUACACAACAUGCCUACCACUUUGAAGAUGGAAAAUGAAAACAGAAAACUUGAGCGUGCAUAACUAUUCACCCCCCCAAAGUCAAUACUUUGUAGAGCCACCUUUUGCAGCAAUUACAGCUGCAAGUCUCUUGUGGUAUGUCUCUAUAAGCUUGAUAUAUCUAGCCACUGGGAUUUAUGCCCAUUCCUCAAGGCAAAACUGCUCCAGCUCCUUCAAGUUGGAUGGGUUCCGCUGGUGUACAGCAAUCUUUAAGUCAUACCACAGAUUCUCAAUUGGAUGGAGGUCUGGGCUUUGACUAGGCCAUUCCAAGACAUGUAAAUGUUUCCCCUUAAACCAGUCGAGUGUUGCUUUAGCAGUAUGCUUAGGGUCAUUGUCCUGCUGGAAGGUGAACCUCCGUCCCAGUCUCAAAUCUCUGGAAGACCGAAACAGGUUUCCCUCAAGAAUGUCCCUGUAUUUAGCGCCAUCCAUCAUUCCUUCAAUUCUGACCAGUUUCCCAGUCCCUGCCGAUGAAAAACAUCCCCACAGCAUAAUGCUGCCACCACCAUGCUUCACUGUUGGGAUGGUGUUCUCGGGGUGAUGAGAGGUGUUGGGUUUGCGCAAGACAUAGCGUUUUCCUUGAUGGCCAAAAAGCUCAAUUUUAGUCUCAUCUGACCAGAGUACCUUCUUCCAUAUGUUUGGGGAGUCUCCCACAUGCCUUUUGGUGAACACCAAACGUUUGCUUAUUUUUUUCUUUAAGCAAUGGCUUUUUUUCUGGCCACUCUUCUGUAAAGCCCAGCUCUGUGGAGUGUACGGCUUAAUGUGGUCCUAUGGACAGAUACUCCAAUCUCCGCUGUGGAGCUUUGCUGCUCCUUCAGGGUUAUCUUUGGUCUCUUUGUUGCCUCUGAUUAAUGCCCUCCUUGCCUGGUCCGUGAGUUUUGGUGGGCGGCCCUCUCUUGGCAGGUUUGUUGUGGUGCCAUAUUCUUUAAAUUUUUUAAUAAUGGAUUUAAUGGUGCUCCGUGGGAUGUUCAAAGUUUCGGAUAUUUUUUUAUAACCCAACCCUGAUCUGUACUUCUCCACAACUUUGUCCCUGACCUGUUUGGAGAGCUCCUUGGUCUUCAUGGUGCCGCUUGCUUGGUGGUGCCCCUUGCUUAGUGGUGUUGUAGACUCUGGGGCCUUUCAGAACAGGUGUGUAUAUAUACUGAGAUCCUGUGACAGAUCAUGUGACACUUAGAUUGCACACAGGUGGACUUUAUUGAACUAAUUAUGUGACUUCUGAAGGUAAUUGGUUGCACCAGAGCUUAUUUAGGGGCUUCAUAGCAAAGGGGGUGAAUACAUAUGCACGCACCACUUUUCCGUUAUUGAUUUUGUAGAAUUUCUUGAAACAAGUAAUUGUUUUCAUUUCACUUCACCAAUUUGGACUAUUUUGUGAAUGUCCAUUUACAUGCAAUCCAAAUAUAAAUCCAUUUAAAUUACAGGUUGUAAUGCAACAAAAUAGGAAAAACGCCAAGGGGGAUGAAUACUUUUGCAAGGCACUGUAACUAAGUAGUCUUUGUUAAAGUACUUCCGGUAGUAUCAAAUCUUUGAAAUAUCUAAAUGGUCGUAGAUUGAAUUCACAUGUAUGGAGUAAAAAUGGCAAGUUUACUUUUAAUAUACUAUAGGUUCUAUUUAGUACUUUUUUACAGUAACAUAUAAUCAACAAUACCCUUUGAGGCAAUAUGUAGUAUUUUUAUAUUUUGGAAGGUAUUUUACUUAUAAAUUACAUUUUCAUAGUGGAAUUUAUGUUUUUGAAUUAUGUUAGAAUGUAUUAGUGAAAAGUACCGUAAUUUUCGGACUAUAAGCCGCGCCUUUUUUUCAAAUUUUUCGACCCUGCGGCUUAUAUAACGGUGCGGCUAAUCUAUGGAUUUUUACAGCUAACGGCCACUAGAAGACCUCCUAAAUCUAUGGAUUUUACAGGUUACAGUCCACCAACUUUAACUCUAUGGGCUCUAUGACCGGUCCGCGCCCCCCACCUUUAAGCAGCGGGCUCCAGCAGGAAAAGCUGGAGGCCAGAAAAGAGUGAGACAGGUAGCGCGCAAAAGUAAAAGUGGAACCGAGAGUGGUACGAGAGACAGAACGAGAGCAAGACAGACAGACAUUACGAGAGCGAGACAGUUUGUUCAAAGGAAGUUUUCAUGCACAAACCCUCAAUAUGGAAAACAAACGUAGAAAUGCAUAUGAUGCAGCUUUUAAGUUAAAGGCAGUCAAUCUGGCUGUAAAAGAAGGAAAUAGAGCUGCUGCACGUAGCCUUGGCGUCAAUGGUGAGACGUUGGAGACGCCAGUGGGAAGAACUGUCUCAAUGCAAAAAGUCAAAAAAAGCUUUCAUAUGGUAAUUAAACAUUAAAACACCUGCGGCUUAUAGUCCAGUGCGGCUUAUAUAUGUACACAUCAUUCAAUUUAGCUGCUGCGGCUUAUACUCCGGUGCGCCUUAUAGUGCGGAAAAUACGGUAAAAGUAAUAUGGUAUACCUAUGCAAGUACAAGUAACUUAUUGAAUACAGUCAAUGGUAACUUCAGAGUGCUAUAAGGGUUUUGAAUUGUAAUGCUAUGCAGUACUUAAAGGCAGCCUCUCUGGCCUGGUGUAAAACGUGGCUGUUCCUGUUGGCAGGUGCACCUCUCUACGGAACAUAAGAGACAAUGAGGAGAAAGACUCAGCGUUCCGAGGCAUCUGCACUAUGAUCAGUGUCAACCCAGGAGGAGUGGUGCAGGUGAGGCCCCUGGGCAUUGCUGCCCUCUUGAGGAUAACGUAUAAACUGCACUUCUUUUCAUGGCCCCAUCAGUUGAGGACUAAGAAAAAUAAAGGAACUGCAUUACUGGUUAGAUGGCCCCAUUAGUGAAGGAUGUUAGUUGGAAAACUGUUGUCUCAAGCCAGACUUUUUCUCAUUUCCUCCAGGAUUUUAUAUUUUUCUGUGAUGCAGUGGCCUCGUGGGUAAAUCCAAAGGAUGAUCUGCGAGACAUGUUUGGCAAGGUAAAAACUGAUCAUGACUGUGGCCUUUUUUUCAUUUAGGCAAAAUUCUGUCCUCCGUCCUCUCUCCUCCUUGACCCGGAAACAGAUAAGUGGUCGAGGAGAGUGUCAAAUUGUUAGUAGGCGAACGGGAGAGUGUCCUCCCCUCAUUGAUAGCCACCUUUCAUCUAGGAUAUUCAUGUGUAUCCUACCCGAGUCCUUCGCGGAAGAGUUUUGAUAUCCGCCACACCCCAUUUGAAGCAGUUGUUUUCUCGAAGGAGAAAAGCAUUCAAACAUUUAAAAACAAUAUGCUAUUUAUACUUUCAUCUACAACAUUUCUUGCCCAACUAGCUACAUUAGUUUUGACUUUACACAUUUAUUUUGGGAUUCCACCCCUGUAAACGUAAUUUGCUUGAUGACACGCGAGUGGAGACGGAGAGUCUCAUUUCAUACAAGCGCAUUUUCGUCCACGUUCCUUCUCCUCGCCGCCACGCCUCGCCUCGAUUACCUUUGACCUUUUUCAAAAGGAGGCGAGCAUGGACGGAGGAGAGAGGACGCAGGAGUUGAGCAAAUCCAAUUGCAAAAAGGCCUAUGUACCAUGUAGGGCCUAGUCUACGAGACUGAGUACCUGUGUGUGAGAAAGGAGAAGAUGAGAAUAUCCUGAUCCACAAUGCGUGUUUGUGCACGUACAUGCAUGUGCGUGCAUAGCUUUGUGUGUACAUUCUAAUUAUGUGUUGAUAUUUUCAGAUCCUCCAUGGGUUCAAGAACCAGGUGGGCGAGGAAAACUGGAGGCGUUUCUCAGACCAGUUCCCUCUGCCUCUGAAGGAACGACUGGCGGCCUUCUACGGGGUGUAAUGCUUUCCAUAGGAACAGGCCUGUUCAAGGGGGUACGUCGCAUAUUCAUGUUUAAAAAUGGUUGAAAAUCUAAUUAGAGCUGAGAUAUCAGAUCUAAGGUACUUUCGUGUCUCUUCAGUUUGUCAGCCACCUUAUUUAAGCAAAAUGAUAAGCAAGCAAAACAAAGUUGAUAUACAGUGCCUUCAGAAAGUAUUCACACCCCUUGACUUUUUCCACAUUAUGUUGCCUUACAGCCUGAAUUUAAAAUUGAUUAAAUUGAGAUUUUUUGUUACUGGCCUAUACACAAUACCCCACAAUGUCAAAGUGGAAGUUUGUUUUUUGACAUUUUUACAAAUUAAUUUAAAGUUGAAAUGUCUUGAGCCAAUAAGUAUUAACCACUUUGUUAUGGCAAGCAUAAAUAUGUUAAUGAGUAAAGAUUUGCUUAACGAGUCACAUAAUAAGUUGCAUGGACUCAUUCUGUGUGCAAUAAUAGUGUUUAACAUGAUUUUUGAAUGACUACCUUAUCUCUGUACCCUACACGUACAAUUAAUCUGUAAGGUCCUUCAGUCGAGCAGUGAAUUUCAAACAGAUUCAACCACAAUACAUACAAAAGUAUGUGGACACCCCUUCAAAUUAGUUGAUUCGGCUAUUUCAGCCACACCCGUUGCUGACAGGUGUAUAAAAUCGAGUACACAGCCAUGCAGUCUCCAUAGACAAACAUUGGCAGUAGAAUGGCCUUACUGAAGAGCUCAGUGACAUUCAACGUGGCGCCGUCAUAGGAUACCACCAUUCCAACAAGUCCGUUUGUAAAAUGUCUGCCCUGCUAGAGCUGCCCCGGUUAUUGUGAAGUGGAAACGUCUAGGAACGGCUCAGCCGCGAAGUGGUAGGUCACACAAGCUCACAGAACGGGACCGCCAAGUGCUGAAGAGCUCAGCGCGUAAAAAUCAUCUGUCCUCGGAUGCAACACUCACUACCGAGUUCCAAACUGCCUAUGGAAGCAAAGUCAGCACGAGAACGGUUCAUCGGGAGCUUCAUGAAAUGGGUUUCCAUGGCCGAGCAGCCGCACACAAGCCUAAGAUCACCAUGCACAAUGCCAAGCGUCGGCUGGAGUGCUGUAAAGCUCGCCGCCAUUGGACUAUGGAGCAGUGGAAACGCAUUCUCUGGAGUGAUGAAUCACGCUUCACCAUCUGGCAGUCCGACAGACGAAUAUGGGUUUGGCAGAUGCCAGGAGAACGCUACCUGCCCGACUACAUCGUGCCAACUGUAAAGUUUGCUGGAGGAGGAAUUAGAUCUACUUGAAAAUCUAUGGCAAGACUUGAAAAUGGUUGUCUAGCAAUGAUCAACAACCAAUUUGACAGAGCUUGAAGAAUUUUGAAAAUAAUAAUGGGCUCCUGAGUGGCGCAGUGGUCUAAGGCACUGCAUUGCAGUGCUAACUGUGCCACUAGAGAUCCUGGUUCGAAUCCAGGCUCUGUCGCAGCCGGCCGCGACCGGGAGACUCAUGGGCGGCGCACAAUUGGCCCAGCGUCGUCCAGGGUAGGGGAGGGAAUGGCCGGCAGGGAUGUAGCUCAGUUGAUAGAGCAUGGCGUUUGCAACGUCAGGGUUGUGGGUUCGAUUCCCACGGGGGGCCAGUAUAAAAAAAAGAUAUGUAUUCACUAACUGUAAGUCGCUCUGGAUAAGAGCGUCUGCUAAAUGACAAUGAUGCACAAUCCUGGUGUGGGGAAAGCUCUUACAUUUACAUUUUAGUCAUUUAGCAGACGCUCUUAUCCAGAGCGACUUACAGUUAGUGAAUACAUAUAUAUAUAUUUUUUUUAUACUGCCCCCCCCGUGGGAAUCAAACCCACAACCCUGGCGUUGCAAACGCCAUGUUCUAUCAACUGAGCUACAUCCCUGCCGGCCAUUCCCUCCCCUACCCUGGACGACGCUGGGCCAAUUGUGCGCCGCCCAUGAGUCUCCCGGUCGCGGCCGGAUGCGACAGAGCCUGGAUUCGAACCAGGAUCUCUAGUGGCACAGUUAGCACUGCGAUGCAGUGCCUUAGACCACUGCGCCACUCAGGAGUACAGUACCUUCUUAGAGAGUUAUCAAGGAAGUCUCACAGCUGAAAUCACUGCCAAAGGUGCUUCUACAAAGUAUUGACUCGGGUGUGAAUACAUGUAAAUGAGAUAUUUCUGUAUUUCAUUUUCAAUAAAUUGGAAAUGUCUAAAAGCAUGUUUUCACUUAGUCAUUAUGGGGUAUUGUGUGUAGAUGGGUGAAAAAUAUAUGUAAUACAUUUUGAAUUCAGGCUGUAACAACAAUGGAAAAGUGAAGGGUUUGAAUACUUUCUGAAGGGACUGUAUGUGUGGGGGAUGGGCUUAAAAAAGUAUAUAUUUUUUCCAUUAAUAUUGGUCUCCCUCUGUCUCUCUCCUACCAGGUCAUUCGCUAUGGGAGACGACGGACGGGGAACCUCUUAUACCCAGGGAACAUGUUACCCUUUACUGGGGGUAGGGUCUGCCAGCUGGGGAGGGAAGGGGGUGCAGACCGUGACCCCUCCUCAACCUUCUGGACGGGCGGGGUGGGAGGGAGGUGUUAGCUAGCCGAGGCACUCAACGCCCCCCCACGCAACAGGCGAGGGGGGCACGGGGACCGGUGGGCCAACUUUAUCAAGGGAGGAAAAAUUCAUUUCAACAUCACAAUCAGUAAUGAAAAGAUGUCA